UCCAAGGCAGCUGCGGCCGGAGCAUUCCUGCCUUCGGUUGCUAGACAGGGAUCCUGUCAAGUGUGCGGCGCAAGAAGGCAGCUUCCAUGAAGUUGGCCUGGAUGGCAGGGACACUCUGGUGCAAAGACUGCUUGAAACAUAAGAAUUACCGGUUGCACGCAUUCUUUGGACCAUGGGACGGAUGAAAGCUAAAGUCUGUCGGAGCCCCAGCUGGGCUGUACCUUCUCUGUUUAUCAUAGUCCAUCUGCUGAUGUUGACCUCCGAGGUGGCGUCAGGCCAGAAGAUGACUCAAACAGCCAUGGCUCAUGCAACAGCCACAGCUGCAAGACCAGGUCCCAACUUGACUGAUGACCUCCAAGGCCUCCAUGCGCUGGCAGGCUUUCUAGCUUGUGAGCAUGCUCAUGUUUGGGCUUUGUCCCUUGUGGGCUCAGUUGUUGUAGGUCUUAGUGGGAUUUUCCCCUUGCUCCUCAUUCCAAUUGAAGCCGGAGCAGCCCUUAAAACCGAAGCUGGACACCAGAAGCUGAAGAGGCUUUUGAGCUUUGCUAUCGGCGGUCUUCUUGGUGAUGUAUUCCUUCACCUCCUGCCUGAAGCAUGGGCGCACUCUGGCUCUACAGCCAGCAAAGAGAAACACUACAUGACACAGGGCUUGUGGGUAAUCACUGGCCUGCUGACAUUCCUUCUCCUAGAGAUGAUGUUCUCAGAGCAUGAAGGACACAAAGAUCCGCCGUCACAUUCAGGCAUGAAUUUUAACUCUACGCAGGCAACUUCAGUUUACAGUGGAAAGCCUGCUGUGUUACAUGGAAAUGGGACUCGUACUGAGUCACAGAAAUCUUCCAAGCGUCAGAGUCUGCAGGAAGCGUCUGGAAAAGUCAAGACAAGUGGCUACCUUAAUCUACUGGCCAACUGCAUUGACAACUUUACACAUGGACUGGCUGUCGCAGGGAGCUUCCUUGUAAGCAAGAAGGUUGGCUUUCUUACCACUUUUGCUAUCUUGCUCCAUGAAAUCCCACACGAGGUGGGUGACUUUGCCAUUUUGCUCCGAGCCGGGUUCGAUCGGUGGAGUGCAGCCCGUAUGCAACUGUACACCGCACUGGUUGGUGUCCUGGGGGCUUGCUUUGCUUUAUGUUCUCAGUCACCAAAAGGCACAGAAAAUGCGACUUUCUGGAUUCUCCCAUUCACCUCUGGAGGCUUUCUUUACAUAGCCUUGGUGAAUGUAGUUCCUGACCUGAUUGAAGAAUCCAGUUUGAGGGACUCCCUACUUCAGACCCUACUCAUUUUCUCUGGUGUGUCAGUCAUGGCUCUCCUGUCCACCGUGGCUGUUUGAACAUCACGAGCUGCUCGUCUUGCUCGACCACCACACGGAAAGACUAAAACCAAAAACAACCAGGACAUCCUCACUACUUCCUAUCGGAUAACGGUUAUUCACGAACCUUGACAAUUCAUCUUGAUAUCCGAAUCACGCCGCCUUGAGCUUGCUAUGGACCGUGGUACGCCUAAACAAACAUCUGACAAAAAUUGCACUUUAUGACAAUAACAAACUCAUUCUUGAGAUGAGACAUUUGUAUUUGAUCUUGGACAAUGUGCAAGCUCUAAAAAUCAAGGGAAUGAUGAUGAUUUAUAUGGAUUUCUGUUACCAAGCUUUGAUCUUGGACAAUGUGCCAGCUCUAAAUGACAAUGAUUUAUAUGGAUUUCUGUUACCAAGCUUUCUUAAAAUGUACAUAAACUAUCAAAAUAAUACAGUUCGAGAAAGAUUAAGAUUAGAUUUUUAAAAAAAAUACUUAGCCCAAGAAAAGUGUUUUAAUGCUGUGUAUUUAUAUUAAAGAGAGUGAGGGAAUAACAGCAUACCACUGCAACAUUACCAAAGUAACGUGCCAACAUCGUCUUGUUAGAGACUAUAAUCGCACCCUCAUAUCAUAGACUAAGGCUUUUGAAAGACGAUUGAUUGGCACGUCACCCUCAAUGCAAGUCAAGUGUUUAGCAUUUAGCGAAUCCUCAGUUCUGGUAUUCAAGGUUUGAAGGCACCUCUCACAUUCCAAAUGGUUCAACGAGGACGCCAAAUUGUCCUUACGUGGGUGUGAAUGCUAGUGUUUCUAAAUGUGCCUUGGGUUUGGCUGGCUACCAGUACAGGUUGUAUCUUGCCUCGCCCAAGUCAGCUUGGACGGGUCCCAGGUCACCCGUGACCUGAAUGAGGAUAAGCGGUGCAGAAAAUGGAUGAUUAGAGAUUUUCCUGUUUCAAACAACCACAAUGACCCCUAUUUUUUUGUAGAGGAAAUUUACUGUAAAAUUCACACAUUUUUGUAAAGGUACGCAAAACCCAAGUUGCAUGAGGGCACGUGAGUGUCAAAUGGACAUUAAGUGAGGAGGCAUAGAGGUUUCUACAGCUUGUUUGGCAAGCAUAUUUUGCCAUAAUGACUCCACCGCAGGUUGUCUACUUAGUCAUCAGCCUAUGAGGUGUGCAUUGUCUGUGGGAGGUGUUUCAGUAACGGAACACAAAAACAACAAACUUGACAUUUGAAUGGAAUGUGGUGCCAAAUUAGCAUACAAAGUAGAUGUGAUAAACAAUGACAAGCUGAUUUCUUCCCAUGUACUAUUCAGAUUCGUUCUUACUACCUUAUUUGUACUACGAUUGUUACAAACCAUAGCAUUUUUUUAACUUAAAUUAUUUAAGAAAUGAUUGUGUAAAAUUGCAGACACUUGUUAUAAUUGGCUUCAUUUCUCAAGCUUUGUGUUUUUUUCGCUUGCCUUUGGAAGACUCCCAGGUGAAAAGCUGACUUGUAAACAAAUGACCAUGUUAUUUUUAAGUUUUCUUCUAAACUGGUCAAAUUAAAGUCAGAUCCUUUAAGAGA